ACCAGACUUGGCAGAUCGGCAUUAGCGAGGGACAGAGGGUUGACUAGCGAAAUGCAGUAUGACGUCCAGUUUCAUGCGAGCUUUUUCAAAUCUGUGGAAAAUCUAUUCCAUCUUUCGUAUCUCUUUCGGGUGCUGGUGUCUUGGAGUCAUUUGUACCCUCGUGCCGUUUGUCCUGACAUCUGCCCAAAGGCACUUAUUGACGCGCUCGUCAUCUCGAUGUGUCAGUCUGUCAAGACAGCCAGACAUUGUGACAGGCAUCCAUCUCGUUGUCCAUUCCACCUUUCGUUCUAAGAAGGACAAAAUCCUCAGGCGAGGAAUGGUAGUUCGCGAGACACAAAAUCCGAUCCCUCAAAGGAAAUAUCAUGCUCGUCUUGAAGAUACUGGUCAGAUUAUAGUCACAUUUUCCUCGAUCGAGAAUCUAUACAGGCCAUCCCUGACGCACCGUAAAGUGCUGGUGCUGGGUGGAGUGUUGGAUACAGAGCUCGUAGAAAGGGUGUUUCGUCUGCUCGUCGAGAUCUGCGAUAACUUCCAGUUUCUCGACACGAAGAGAAUUAUCAAUGACGCAUUGUGCUUGCAAAGCCUCCAUCAGCUCUCGGAUAUCACUUUCCAAAUAUCAACCCAUCCACAUGGUCUACGUUGGAAAAAAAACAUUUUGUGUCACACGUCCACAGUCAUCUCGUCACUGGUAGAGACUGCUGCGCUACCACUGAGUGAAAACUGUAUGCUCAUCCUAGAAUCACAUACUGCUUCGUCAUGGCCAAUCGAGAAGUUGCAGUACAGAUCGGCGAACGUUGCUUCCGUCGCAGGAAAAGCACCUUCUACACCGAUCCCGCUUACGGAGUAUGCUGGAUUUGUGGAACAAACUGCAAGGGCGCGAAUGAGUGGCGGUGUGCUUAUGAGCAUGAGCCUGGAGAGUGAAGAUAUGAAAGAGCUUGCUAGUGCGUUGUGGGAGAUCGUCGAUGGGUAA